AUGCCCAUAACCAUCCUCCCACCCUCCACCACCCCCCUCCCAACCCACCAUGACAUCCCCUCAGACGACUCCUCAGAAAUGGACCUCUCCGACUCCGAAAUCCCCACCUCCAACACCACUCGCUCCAUCGUCACGCCCGGCGAGCCCAUAACCAGCGAUCCGCAAUGGAUGCGCGGCCACGGCACCUACAUCCCCGCCGGCUCCAGCACCAUCACCUCGACCGUCGCGGGCCACCUGCACAAGACGAACAAACUGCUCUCCGUACAACCUCUACGCGCUCGCUACAACCCGGAGAUAGGCGACCUGGUCGUCGGCCGGAUCGUGGCGGUGCAGACCAAGAAAUGGACCGUGGACAUCGCCGCGCCGAUGCUAGCCAGUCUACCGCUCAGCGCCAUCAAUCUCCCCGGCGGGAUCCUGCGGAGGAGGACCGCAGUCGACGAGUUGAACAUCCGGACGUUUUUCAGCGAGGGGGAUUUACUGGUUGCAGAGGUGCAGGCGCUGCAUCAGGAUAAUACGGCGUCUUUGCACACGAGGUCGCUGAAAUAUGGGAAAUUGCGGAAUGGGCUCUUCACGGCGCUUUCGGGGGCUGGGGGCGGGAUUUUGUCCAGGAGGGGUGGCGUGGUGAGAUCCAGGAGGCAGGUUUUCACGCUCGAGACGCACGCGGGCGAGGUGGAUGUUGUGUUGGGUGUGAAUGGGUAUAUUUUCGUGUCGAAGCAUAAUACGGUCGGCGCGGAGGGAAAAGACGUCAGCAUCACGAGGUUGGAGGAGGGCGUCAGUGAGACGCUUUACUCGAGUGAGAAUGACGAGCUGUCGCCCGGGGUGCUGAGGGAGAUCAUGAGGGUUAGUACGUUGAUUAGGGGCCUGGUGGCUUGUGGGAAUCGGGUAGAUGAAGACACGAUUGUGAGGGUUUACGAAGGGGCUGUGGAGAUGGAGGCGGAGGAGAGGAGUUUGAAAGAGGGAGGCGCCAAAGGGCUGGUGCUGAAGAUCCUGCAGAGGCUGGAGAUGGGAGGUUGA